UUCGAACAAGACGGUCACUACAGAAUAACUAAAAAUAUCUCCAAAUAUCAUCGUGAUGGAACACCAGACAUGAGUUUUACUUCAUUAAUUACAAAUCCUGGUAAUAUAGAGAUUAUUUCUGAAGAUGGCGAGAACGAAUCAAAUCCCCAAAGCCCCUGCUGCGAAAGGAAAGAAGAGGAGGAAAGGUUCGAGUCCGAAGAGACGCCAACCCAUCCAGGCCCAGGCAGCCAGACCGAGGCCCCCGUCACCACGGCCUGUUGAGUUCCCCGGGCGGGGUAGUCAGUCACCCAACCUGCCGCCGUCUAGUGGUAGUAGUGGACCAAGGCAACAUGCGCCCGCUAUGAUGCUCCCGAGGCCAGAUGCUGGACGGAAGAAACGCAGGUAUCGACCUGGCACCAGAGCUUUAUUAGAGAUUCGUAGAUAUCAGAAAUCCACUAGUCUUCUUAUAACGAAACUACCUUUUGCACGAGUGGUGAAAGAAGUCGCAGGUAUAUUUGCACAUCACCAGCUCAUGUGGCAAGCUGCAGCCAUAAUGGCUCUACAAGAGGCCUCAGAAGCCUUUUUAGUACAUCUUUUUGAAGACGCCAACCUCUGCGCCAUCCACGCUAAGCGUGUAACGAUAAUGCCUAAGGACAUCCAGUUAGCGCGACGGAUACGAGGGAGACAGGAUGGGCUAGGCUGAUUCCAGGCUAGGCUGAUUCCAGGCUAGGUGUCAGGAAUUCUCUGUAUGUAUUUUGUAUUCAAUUGUUUUAAGGUUCACAAUGUGGCAUAAGGAAGAAUGGCUGAGAGUAACACAAGAAAGAGGAGAACUGUGCAUUUGUCAUGUCGCAGUUUUUCCCCAAUAGUUGUAAAAACAAUUAAGGCGCCAAAAAACCACCCCCCAAAAAACUCUAAUACUCACCUAAAUGGAGCUUCAAAUUGUCAAAUACUUUAUUGAUUUUUAAUCAAUGGGGCAUUUCAGUUUUGCAGAUUUCUUACUGUCAUAACCAUCUCUACAACAAUAAGCUUUCAUACAGAAACUACACAAACAACUCCCUUAGUAUGACCCUUCAUGUACCGUUAAUAUUUCCAGGACUUUCCUUGGCUCAAUUUCACAAAGUCUGUAAGCACAAAUAAAACCUGCUAAGCCAAGUGGAAUUUUGCUGAGCAAGACUGGUUACCAGCCAUAACUCGAAUGCGUUUACAUUGGGUGCGUUCGUUUAGCUUCCCUGGGUCGACCC